GAAAGAUGUUGAUGUUUAAAAGUACCCAGUAAGUGCACUGGAUUUAAUCAAAGAAAACCUUUUAUAAAUGUGCAACAAUACCGUGUAAGACUGCUUGUAUUUGAUGAUAUAAUGUAUGCUAUACAGUAUAUCUGCAGGACAUAUUUUGUUUUAAAGUUUUAAAAUGAAAAUUUCUCUGUUAUUUCCAGUUUCCAGAGCUGAGAAGUCUCUGUUUGUGCGUAAGGGAAGCUCUGUUCGUCUGGGUGUGCAGGAAUAUGCAGAUCUCCAGUUUCUCUCCCUUUCCUGGCGUUUCAAUAUCUCCACAGCCAUACUAGAAUACACUUAUGAAGAAAAAUAUCUGAAAUUAUUUAAAUCUUAUGAAAACAGGGCAGAAUUUGAAAAGAACUUCACUCUGCUGCUGAAGAACGUGCAGGAGAGAGACAGUGGGAUCUACACAGCAAAGAUAACUGAUAUUGAAGGAAAGGACAGAGUUGUUGCUUCCUACAGGCUCACAGUUCAAGUUUCCAGAGCUGAGGAGUCUCUGUUUGUGCGUAAGGGAAGCUCUGUUCGUCUGGAUGUGCAGGGAUAUGAAGGACUCCGGUUUAACACCCUGUACUGGCGUUUUAACUCCACAGCCAUACUAGAAUACAUCGGGUUUAAACAUCUGACAUUUAUCAAGUUUAAAGAUCUGACAUUUUAUAAAGAUUAUAAGAUCAGGACCGAAUUUGAUCAAAAGAACUUCACUCUGCUGCUGAAGAACGUGCAGGAGAGGGACAGUGGGAUCUACACAGCAAAGAUAACUGAUAUUGCAGGAAUGGACAGAGAUGUUGCUUCCUACAGGCUCACAGUUCAAGUUUCCAGAGCUGAGGAGUCUUUGUUUGUGCGUAAGGGAAGCUCUGUUUGUCUGGAUGUGCGGAGAGAUGCAGAACCCCCGUUUAGCAUGUUUGUUUGGAAAUUUAAUAUCACUACAUUUAUACACAUGUAUGUGGGAAACGCCUUCACAACAUUUUCAGAUUAUAAGAACAAAGCAGAAUUUGAUGAAAAGAACCUCUCUCUGCUGCUGAAGAACGUGCAGGAGAGAGACAGUGGGAUCUACACAGCAAGGAUAACUGAUAUUGAGGGAAAGGAGAGAGAUGUUGCUUCCUACAGGCUCAUAGUUCAAGAGGCCCCGCCCACACCCGAGGUGGGAGUGGCGUUACUCUCCUCUGCUGGAGGGUUCUGUAAGGUGUCAGUGAACUGCUCUGCUAAAGACACCUGGGCCAGCUACACCUGUGACCAUGACGACUGCACACAGGUAGCAAAUACAACCUCUCCGACAGGAGUCAACAUCAUCGUUACGGCAACUAACAGGACCAUCCACUGCAGCAGCAGUAACCGGGUCGACAUAAAGACGCGAUCAGAAUCCAUAAAGGACUUCUGUGCUCCAGUAACACCAUCUCCUGGCCUCUCACUGUGUGCGCUAAAGUCAGUGCUGUUCUCCCUGGGUCUGGUUGCCAUGGUUUCGGCUGUCAUCGCAGUUAAUGCCAGAGAGAGGUGCUGCAGAGAUCAAUCAGGACUGAAGGAUAAAUCUGUCAGAGGGGAGGAGAGAAUUAAUAUCUGAAAUAACUGUGUGUGUGCAUGUGUGUGUGUAUGUGCAUGUGUAUGUGUAUGUAAGUGUGCGUGCUUGCAUGUGUGAGUGUGUGUGUGUGUGUUUUGCGUACGUGUGCGUGUGCGUAUGUGUGCAUGCGUGUGUGCGUGUGUGUUUGUAUCAAAAAACUACAAGCUCAUGAAUGCAUAUAGCUAAAACAAGCAAUCCUAGCAAUGCAGUGCAGUACAUAUUUAAAAUAUUUCACCAGCACCACCCCAACCUUUGGGAGGCAAAACACAAGCACACAAUCAUAUUGGGGGUGACCUGAUAAUUAACUAGUUUGUUCAAGCUUUGCUGUGAUUCAUUGCAAUGCUUUUUAAGCUAUGAUGUGAUCUUAACUGUAUAUUUUAAGUUUUUUGUUUCAAACUUCUAUGUUUUUUAUAUUUGUGAGCUUAAUUCUUCAUGUGCUUUUGGAUUUUUAUGUGUUUUUGGAUUAUGAGCUUUUCAUCCACUCGAGCCAAAGAUGAUUUUCCAUCUGAUGAAAAAUAAAGUUUUCUGAAUCGAAAGUA